AAGUACCGAAAGCACUUUGAAGAAGUGCUUUUGUGUGAAGCGUUUUCCGCCAUUUUCGUCCUGUCGACAACCAUACAAAAACCAAUCUCUUCCCUCAACAGUCAUUGGCGACAACGUCUAUGGCGAUAUACCAGUGAUUUAACAACAAUGUUUCAGCUGCUGGUUUUAACGACGUUGGCGUUGGCCGCUGUGUGCUUUGGUCAAAUGCUGGAGGAGUUGAAAAAGUUAGAUAUCUCCCCAGAAAAUAUAGAGGGUGUGGAGCAAUACACAGAUCUGACCAUAGACGAAAUCAUCACCCAGGCUCUAGGAGGAAUCGACCUAGCUGCUCAGAAAAUGAUCACCCCUGGCGGAAAUAUUUUGGCAGAACUUGAUAUGAACCUUACAGAGGAACAGUAUCAGCUGUUCUACAGUGCACCAGAAUUUGGAUCUUUAGAGAUGAUGCCCUAUUUUGAACAAAAGCGAAAGAAGAGAAAGGCGGUGAGGCGGACAGACCUACGAUGGACGGACGGAGUCAUGCCCUAUACUUUUGCCAAUGGACACUUUACCACAAAGGAAUUGUACAUCAUGAAAACAGCAAUGAGAGAAUGGGAAAAGUACACCUGUAUCAAAUUCCGGGAGAAAACUAGCAGCGAUGUGAAUUUUGUCCGCAUUCAGAAUGGACAUGGAUGCAAUUCACAACUUGGAAUGGUUGGAGGAGAACAAAUCUUAAACCUAGACAUCAAUGGCUGCAGAUGGAAAGGACUUUACCUGCACGAAAUUGGUCACGCCAUUGGCCUGGUUCACGAACACCAACUACCAAACCGGGAUGACUACAUCGACAUCAUCUUUGCAAAUGUUGCUCCAAGCAUGCGCGUGUGGUUCCAGAAAUAUAGGACCAGGGAAGUUAAUCAAUAUGACGUCAACUACGAGCUGACGUCUGUUAUGCAUUAUGGAACAACGGCUUUCUCAGCGGACGGGAGGUCAACGACUAUCCGUCCUAAGAAUAAAACAUCAACCGAUAUAAUAGGCAAAGUGUGGAAGAAAGAGCUAGCUUUCAGUGACGUUAAAGCUGUCAACAGAAUGUAUGAGUGCGCAGCACAUUGUCCUAAGACCAUCAAGUGUAUCAGAGGAGGUUUCGUGGACCAGAACUGUAAAUGCAUAUGUCCUGACGGAUCGGAUGAAUGUACAGCACCAAGUCCCGGAGAAAAGCUAAAGACAGACAGACGCAGUGAUUGCGUCAAUACUUAUAAUGACUGGCAAUGCCACGUGUGGGCUACACAAGGUGAAUGUGACAUUAAUCCGGACUUUAUGAAGGUGUCCUGUAAGAGGGCGUGUCGAGUCUGUGGUCACGAAGAGGACGAAGCUGGAGAAAAUCACGUUGCAGCUUGGUCAUGGCAGUGGUUUGGUUUGUUUGCGAACUUAUUCCCAGGAGACUGGGCUAUGAGUGACUGUGUCGAUCACUUCAAGAAUGAUAAAUGUCAGGAAUGGGCCAAAAAUGGUGAUUGUAUUACUAACGCCAACUGGAUGGGGAGAUUCUGUAAGAAGUCCUGCGGCAAGUGUAGCUCUGGGCCAAAGAAAACACCAUCUAAAAAUUGCGUCAACAUCGAAGGAGAUAAAGGCUGUAACAAGUGGGCGAUGAAAGGGGAAUGUAUUACAAAGAAGACAUGGAUGCAGAAGAAUUGCAGAAAAGCAUGUCAGUUGUGUGAGGCAGCAGAUGAAACAGAUGAUGAUGUUGAUGAUAAUGACACCGAAAAUAGACCCAGAAACAGAGAUGAUGACGAUGAUGUGGUAAUUGGAUGCCGUGAUAAACACAAUUCACAAGAAUGCGCAGGCUGGGCGAAACGAGAUGAAUGCAGAAGAAAUCCAAAAUGGAUGAUUCCAAAUUGUAGAGCAUCUUGCGGUAGAUGCAAAGAUGGUGGCUGUAAAAAUUUGUAUGACGACAAAAAAUGUAAAUAUUGGGCAAAGGAGAGAGAAUGCUUUAAAAAUCCUUCAUGGAUGAGGAAGAAUUGCGCUGAAUCCUGUAAUAGCUGUGAAGAACUCGAUGGGUCAUAUGAUACCAACAACAACGAUAAUGAUGACAAGAACACAAGAAAUAAUGACUUUGACAAGACAAAUGAAGAUGAUAUUGAAGUGCAUGUGAACGAUGGUGAGGCGACAACGAGAAGACCAAGACAAAAAUAUGAAGAUGAUGAUGAUGAAGACGACGAUCCAAACUGCAGUAACACACACAAUAACAGAGAUUGCACAACGUGGGCAAAAUAUGGUCACUGCGAAAUAAACCCAUCUUAUAUGUCUAAGAUGUGUCAGAAAGCCUGCAAUAAGUGUAAGAUAGGAACACGAGAAGACACAAAUGAAAGGGCACGGGACCCUAAAGUAGAUGAUAAAGAACAGCGUGAUGAGUCUUACGAUGCUUCAACGACGACUGAAAAGACACCAAGACAAGCUACAUGUGAGGACUUCAGUGAGAGUUGUCCAUCCUGGGCCAAAACUGGCGUGUGCAACACAAACCCAGUCUACGCUCUAGUACAAUGUAAAAAGUCCUGCAACAACUGCAAGCAAGUUUGCACAGACCAGCAUACACUCUGCAAACUCUGGGCAAAAAGCAACCACUGCAACUCCAACGCUGCUUAUAUGUUGCGCUACUGUCAUAAAUCAUGCAAAGUAUGUUAAAAGUAUUUAACAGACAGUAUAUUGUUUUCCUAAAAACCUAUUCAUUCGAAUGAUACAUUCGUAAAUUUUACAUGUAUAUCCGUAAAUAUAACAAAUGUAAAUAUAAAUCUGAUAUUUAAAGGAUUAAUCUACUAGUUAACUCUUUGUAAAUUUGUAUAUUUUCAAACAAUUAUUAAUAUGUAUAUUCAUUUGAAUAAUUACUACGUAUACAAUAUUUUUUUAAUCAUAAUGAGAGACGUAUUACAGGUAUUAACUGAGUGGAAGAGAUUUUGUAAAAUUAUAAUUGCAUUUUGAUCAGAAUUUUGACGAUUUGUUAUUUUCAAUAAAGACUCUGCCAUGUU